GUAAUAGUUUGUUUACUAUCAUAUACUAUCAUAUGUUUAUUAUUUAAAAUCUAAACAAUGAAAUCAACUGUCAAUUAUUUAUAAAACAUAUUAACACAACAAUAAUGGAUACAUACGAUAAUUUUCUCCAAAAACAUCAAACGCAGCUCGAACUGUCAGGUAUUCCAGAAAUUUAUUGGCCAACGUUGUUUAAAAAAUUGAGUGAUAAAAUUUUUGACGCUGGUCUUGUUUUUGAAAUCGCUAAAAUUGAUUACACUGAUGUAGUCAAGACCCCACAGGAUCCGGGUUACAAAUUAUUUGUAGCAGCUGAAGAGGGUUUAGCAUGCGAUGAUCUAAGUAAUAUUUAUUUAAUUGAUCACGCCUGGCUGUAUGAUAUCAAUUUUGCACAUCGUCAUUUGUCUGAAAUUCCUGGUCUAUUAGAUCGUUUGUGCAAUCUGAUGUCCUACGAUGGGAGUGAAGAAGAUAAAAAUGAUAAAAUAGAUUUCGUUCUCAAAGAAAUGUGGAGAUACAAUCAAUUUUAUACAUUAAACCAAGGAACGGUUGAGGAACGUCUGCCACUUUGGUAUAUAAUGGACGAAGUUGGAUCAGCAAUAAAUCAUAGUGAUGAUCCUAAUUUUCGUACCGUUCCUUUCCUGUAUUUAAAUGAAAAUGUGACUUACACUUUAUUGUUUCCUAUCAAGAAUACUGAAUUUAAUGAAGAGGUAACUCGAGAUUUUGUUGAGAAUCAAACGAAUGAUCUGGAAAAAAGGCGUGCUUUACUUCUUCCCUGGGUUGAUCAUGAUUUUACUGACAAAAGUUUCACUCAAAUUGAACCAGAUGAACAGUAUUUUUUAUCUGGUCGUAUCCCUGAAACUUUACCUCAAAUAAAUGAAUCAGUGAAUAGCCAAAAUGGUGAGAGUAAAAAAGAUAAAUUAAAAGUCUUUAGCCAGUAUGAUAUUGUCAGCCAGUAUCUAACAGAUCCGGCCUUUGAACUUGUCGAUAAUGAACAAGAAGCUGAUGUACUUUGGUUAAUUGUUCACUUUAAGGAUUAUAAAAAACUAAGCCAAGAAUCUCCUUACACAUUUAUCAAUCAAUUCCCGUAUGAACAUGUUCUGACUACAAAAGAUUUAUUGUCUAUUGUCUGUCGGAGAAAAGCUGCUGAUAAUUUAUAUAAUCCAGAGACAUUAGAAACUUAUCCUUCGUGGUUGCCGACUACUUACAAUUUAAGUACUGAGUUGGUUGAAUUCGUAUCGUAUUUUCAAAAUCGUCAAGCUAGAGAUUUAGACAAUCACUGGAUUUGCAAGCCGUGGAAUUUAGCAAGAGGAUUGGAUACUCAUGUAACAAAUAAUUUAUUUCAUAUUUUACGUUUACCGAGUACUGGACCUAAAAUCGCACAAAAAUAUAUUUCAUCUCCGGUUUUAUAUCCAAGACCUGGUGUAGGCAAUGUCAAAUUUGACGUCAGAUAUGUUGUGUUAUUAAAAUCUGUUAAACCAUUGGUAGUUUACGCGUAUUCAAAUUUUUUCUUACGUUUCGCUAACAAAGCAUUUGCUCUGAACAAUCUCUAUGACUACGAGCAACAUUUUACGGUAAUGAAUUAUUCUGACGAAGCUGAACUUUAUCAUGUCAAGUGUGCUGAUUUUGUUGUCGAGUGGAAUAAAGUCCAUCCGGAUAAUGAAUGGAAAAAUAACGUUGAGAUUAAAAUAUUUAAAGUUAUUAAAGAUGCUUUGGAAGCUGCUACUGUUGCUCCGUUGGGUAAAGGGGUUGCUGCUAAUCAGCAAAGCCGAGCUCUGUAUGCUGUUGAUUUAAUGUUGGAAUGGAAAAAUAAUGAAAUUAAUCCUGUUCUACUAGAAUUUAAUUUCUCACCUGACAAUAAACGCGCAUGUGAAUAUUAUCCGGAUUUUUAUAAUAAUGUUUUCAAAUUUUUGUUCCUAGACAUUGAUGAUACUAAUGAUUUUGUGGAACUAUAAUUUAAUUUAAUUUGAUUUUAGUAUUUUUUUAAAUUUAUAUCCGUGUAUUUUUGCAUAAUUAAAGGGAUAUCAAAGUAUGUAAUUAAAAGGCAAAUUUAAUUUACAUUUUACUACCUAACACAUUGUAAGCUUUAUGGUUGUUCAAGUGAUUUAGCUAUUUUUAAAGUGAUGUAUGACUAUAAACAUAAAUGUGUGAAUGUACGCAUACGUCAGGAUGGCAUUUAUUGUCUGGAUAUAAAUUAUUAGAACUUAUCUCAUCUGUUUAUUAUCAUGUUAACAGGCUAACUUUGCUUUUUAUUUUCUUAUUUUAAUGAUUGAUGAUCAAAACAUUUGCCCUUCAUAACAUAAUUUUAAAAAAAAUAUCUUUUUAUUGUAUAUCUAAUUUUUAAACAAACAUAUUUUUACUUCGAAAUUAAUUCCGUGUGAAGGCUGGUCGUAAACAUGGAGAAUACGGACAUAAAUUGUCUGCCGUAAUACAGAAAUGUAUUAACGCAGUAUUCUACUUUGAGGGUACAAAAAAAAACGUUAUUUUUUUAUGAAUUUUUAAUGAGAUUAUGAAUAAAGAUUUACAUGUAGAGUUUCUUAGGCUUAAUAAAUACACUAAUGAAAUACAUUAAAAAAAUUUUUCGUCUCGAUUAGUAGGUGGGUUUGCGCUUGGUGUUACAAUUUCAAAAAAGGACAAUCUGAAUUAGAAAAUUUUUUAAUUUUUAGACUCAACAUAUCACUAUCAGCCGAC